UCUUCUUCUCCAACAACUUUCUCUCUCAGAAAAUUCAUCAUCAUCAAGAAAAUGGAAGCUUCAUCCAUAACCGUUUCCUUACAGUUUCUAUUACUCUUAUUUUUCACCACAAUUUUCUUUCCCUCUUCCUUCGCUUCUCAACAACAAGACAAGCCACCGAGUUACCUAAAAAUGGUUGCAAACGCAAGCGAGUUUCCGUUAGAAGAUUACUACGACUACAUAAUCGUCGGUGGCGGAACCGCCGGUUGUCCAUUAGCCGCCACACUCUCCCAAUCCCACCGCGUUCUCAUCCUCGAACGCGGCGGAGUCAUCCAUGGAAAACUCAACCUAAUGAACCAAGAAGGUUUCUUGAACACACUCUUGAGCGCUACCGCAAACAACGCCAACAACGAAGAUUCACCGGCGCAAUCUUUCGUUUCUGAAGACGGUGUUCUCAAUGCUCGUGGCCGUGUUCUUGGUGGUAGUAGUGCGAUUAACGCAGGGUUUUAUAGUCGUGCUGAUUGUGAAUUCUUUACGAAAUCUGGUCUUAAUUGGGAUUUGAAACUUGUGAAUGAAUCGUAUGAAUGGGUUGAACGUGAAAUCGUGUUUCGUCCUGAUUUGAAAACGUGGCAAUCCGCUGUUCGUGAUGGUCUUCUUGAAGCUGGUGUUGGUCCUUAUAACGGUUUCACCUUAGAUCAUGCUACUGGUACCAAAAUCGGUGGAUCCACCUUCGAUUCCCAAGGUAAACGACAUAGUUCUGCGGAUCUUUUACGAUAUGCGCGACAUUCCAAUCUCAGAAUCGCCGUUUAUGCUAGCGUGGAAAGACUCCUUCUAGCAUCUUCUUCAUCUUCUUUUGCACCAAAUUCUGCAACAGGUUCUUCUGUUAUUGGUGUUCUUUAUCGUGAUCAAAACGGUAGAUAUCAUCAUGCGAUGUUGAAAGAUUUUGGUGAAGUGAUACUUUCAGCAGGUGCAAUUGGAAGUCCACAGCUUCUUCUUCUCAGUGGAAUUGGACCUAGACCUUAUCUUUCUUCAUGGGGAAUUCCAGUGGCACAUCAUUUACCUUAUGUAGGUCAUUUUCUAUAUGAUAAUCCACGUAAUGGAAUCACGAUUCUACCUUCUGUUCCGCUUGAACAUUCGCUUAUACAAGUUGUAGGGAUAACAAAUUCAGGUGCUUAUAUAGAAGCUGCUUCUAAUGUUGUUCCGUUUUUGUCACCACCGCAAACUGCUUUCAUCCGUUCGAGUGCUUCUCCGCUUUAUCUGACAGUUGGAACACUGAUUUCAAAGAUUUCAGGACCGGUUUCUGCUGGUUUUCUACGAUUGGCUUCGACUGAUGUUAGGUUUAAUCCUAUUGUUAGGUUUAAUUACUUUAGCAAUGGUGUUGAUGUUGAGAAAUGUGUUAAUGGGACCAGAAAAUUAGGGGAUGUACUUCGGAGCAGAGCUAUGAAUGAUUUUAAGUUUAGGAAUUGGUUAGGUGUGAGGGAUUUUAGGUUUAUUGGACCUGCUUUGCCUAAUGAUCAAACGGAUUAUGCUGAAAUGGCUGAUUUUUGUAAAAGGACUGUUAGUACUAUAUGGCAUUAUCAUGGUGGAUGUGUUGUUGGUAGGGUUGUUAAUCGUCAUCUUAAGGUCAUUGGAAUUGAUUCUCUUAGAAUUGUGGAUGGUUCUGUUUUUAGUGUUUCACCUGGAACUAAUCCUCAGGCUACACUAAUGAUGCUUGGAAGGUAUUUUGGGCUGAAGAUAAUCAGAGAAAGGGAAGGGAAGGGUACACAUGAGUUGUGACCCUGUAAUUCCUGGAGUUCUGUUUUGGUGUUCGACAUGUAUUAGAAUGUGUAAGGUGUAAUCACUGUUGAUGCUCAAUUUAGAUUUUUGAUGUAUACUCAAGCAAAAUGAACACACACGGUAUAUACUAUAUACUGUAUAGAUUGGAUUUGUAAAAAAAAAAAUGCUUAGGGGGGUGGAUUUGUAAUGAUAGUUUCUAUCCCCUGAUUGUUGAUUGACUAAAUAGAUUUUGGAUUGGUUUCUUAAUUUGAUGAAUAAUAAUGCCAA